AUGACACAAGUUGAACAUAAAGUCGUUCACGAAGCUCACAACGUUGAAGCUCGUCAAGCUCCAGAACAUUUCUACAAAUCUCAACCAAACAAAGGUUUUGUUACAGAUUUAGAUCAUUAUAAAGAACUUUACGCCAAAUCUAUUGAAGAUCCAGAAGCUUUCUUUGGUCCAUUAGCUAAAGAAUACUUAGAUUGGGAUAAACCAUUCACCAAAGUUAGAAAUGGGUCAUUAGAAAACGGUGAUGUUUCAUGGUUCUUGAAUGGUGAAUUAAACGCUUCUUAUAACACUGUUGAUAGACAUGCUUUUGCUAACCCAGCUAAACCAGCUAUUAUUUAUGAAGCCGAUGAUGAAAAGGAAAACAGAGUUAUCACUUUUGGUGAAUUAUUAAGACAAGUUAGUGAAGUUGCUUCAGUUUUGAAAAGCUGGGGUGUUAAAAAAGGUGAUACUGUUGCUGUCUACUUACCAAUGAUUCCAGAAGCUGUUGUUGCCAUGUUGGCGGUUGCAAGAUUAGGUGCUAUUCAUUCAGUUAUCUUUGCCGGUUUCAGUGCUGGGUCAUUGAAAGACCGUGUUGUUGAUGCUGGUUCAAAAGUUAUCAUUACUUGUGAUGAAGGUAAAAGAGGUGGUAAAACUGUUCAUACUAAAAAAAUUGUUGAUGAAGGUAUCAAUGGUGUCUCUCAAGUUGAAAAAAUCUUAGUUUUCCAAAGAACUGGUUCUCAAGGUAUCCCAAUGACCAGCGGUAGAGAUUAUUGGUGGCAUGAAGAAACCUCUAAAUCUAGAGGUUAUUUACCACCAACUCCAGUCAAUUCUGAAGAUCCAUUAUUUUUAUUAUAUACAUCAGGUUCAACAGGUUCUCCAAAAGGUGUUGUUCAUACCACCGGUGGUUAUUUAUUAGGUGCUGCCUUAACUACUAGAUAUGUUUUCGAUAUUCAUCCAGAAGAUGUUUUAUUCACUGCUGGUGAUGUUGGUUGGAUUACUGGUCAUACUUAUGCUCUUUAUGGUCCAUUAACUUUAGGUACCGCUACUAUUAUUUUUGAAUCUACUCCAGCUUAUCCAGAUUAUGGUAGAUAUUGGAGAAUUAUUGAACGUCAUAGAGCUACUCAUUUCUAUGUUGCUCCAACUGCUUUAAGAUUAAUUAAAAGAGUUGGUGAAUCCGAAAUUUCUAAAUAUGAUAUAAGUUCAUUAAGAACUUUAGGUUCUGUUGGUGAACCAAUUGCACCUGAUUUAUGGGAAUGGUAUAAUGAAAAAAUUGGUAACAAAAACUGUGUUAUUUGUGAUACUUUUUGGCAAACUGAAUCUGGUUCACAUUUAAUUGCCCCAUUAGCUGGUGCCGUUAAUACUAAACCAGGUUCUGCUACUGUUCCAUUCUUUGGUAUCGAUGCUGCUAUUAUUGAUCCAGUUACUGGUGAAGAAUUGAAAGGUAAUGAUGUUGAAGGUGUUUUAGCUGUUAAAUCAUCAUGGCCAUCAAUGGCUAGAUCAGUUUGGAAUAAUCAUGGUCGUUACAUUGAAACUUACUUAAAGCCUUAUCCAGGUUAUUAUUUCACAGGUGACGGUGCUGGUAGAGAUCAUGAUGGUUAUUACUGGAUCAGAGGUAGAGUUGAUGAUGUUGUUAAUGUUUCAGGUCAUAGAUUAUCAACUUCAGAAAUUGAAACUGCUUUAACUGAACAUUUAGGUGUUUCUGAAAGUGCUGUUGUUGGUGUUCCAGAUGAAUUAACUGGUCAAACUGUUAUUGCCUUUGUUUCAUUAAAAGAUGGUUAUUUAGUUCAAGCUAAUGAAAAAAUCACUGAUUCAAAUGAACAUAUUACACCAGAUAAAUUAAGAAGAGAAUUAAUUUUACAAGUUAGAGGUGAAAUUGGUCCAUUUGCUGCACCAAAAACUGUUGUUAUUGUUGAUGAUUUACCAAAAACUAGAUCAGGUAAAAUCAUGAGAAGAGUUUUAAGAAAAAUCACAUCAAAUGAAGCUGAUCAAUUAGGUGAUAUGUCAACUUUAGCAAAUCCAGAAAUUGUUAAUCAUAUUAUUACAGCUGUUGAUGAACAAUACUUUCAAUUAUUGAAAAAAUAG